UUUGAUUGUUUAUCAUAAAUGUCCUCUUAGUAAAUAUGCUAAAGUUUCGGGCAAAAUGGAAAUACAAUUUUUAAAUUACAAAUAAAGGUUUCUUGUAAAAAAUUACAUCUAAUUUAAGUAAAAGUACUGUCGUUUUAUGAAUUUUCUUCGAAUUUAUAACAGUGUUGAAGUUUAAGUAUUUAUGACUUGAUCUACUUUCAGCUAAUAAUAAAUUAAUUUUCUUUGAUUAGUAUGGAUGACCUGGUUGAAGACAAAAUUAUUUAUCAAGUGUAUUUGACUCAUUUAAAAUUAUUUACUUCAAAAUUUUCAUCUAUCAAAACUAGAAUUGUCACUUUAAACAACAUGUGGAACUAUAUAAGAUUUUAUUUAGCUAAACCAGAGAUAAUUUUAUGUCUAGCACUAAUAGUAUGUUUGUAUGCUUUUACGGGCAAUUUAUACCAGAUUAUAAAUGGACUUAUCAAAAAAAUUAAUCGUAAUAUUAAAUCAGUUGGCAUUGGAAAUUUUCAACAGCUAGUAAUUGAUGAAAAAGAUGCUCUUAGUAAAAACUGGUCCUUUGAUGGCAAUAAUGUUGCAUUGUAUGCUAUUAAAGGUAGACGAUCACAAAUGGAAGAUCGUUAUGUAAUAAAAACAAAUGUCAUGAAUACAGAAAUUUCACUGUUUGCUGUAUUUGAUGGACAUGGUGGGGAAUUUGCUGCAGAAUACGCCACUAUAAAUUUAAUGCCAAAUCUUAUUAACAAAGUCAUUGAAAUAAAGAAAAUACUUGGUGAUAAAAAGAGUGGUUUAAAUGAAAAAGUCAAGGUAUCAGUGCCUAGUACUCCUGAAACAUUAACACCUCAAAUGAAACCUAAAAUCAUAAAAUCGGAUGUACAAACAGUAUCCAAAAUAAAACAAGUUUCUUUCACUGAUGACACUGGAAUUAAAAGACGAUUGAGCAUAAAUCCAGUUUCACUUAAAAAAGAUAUUCAGUCGUCUAUGAAAGAAUCUGAUCAUGUGUUAAUAGAUCCAUCUUCGUACAUAUCUAACGAUGGAAGUGUUAACUUUUCAAAACUUUUAAUUGAUGAAGUAUUAUUAGCUGACAAAUUGUUGAUUGAAAGAGCAAAACGUACUUACGAUAUUGCUGGUAGUACAGCACUUAUUGCUUUAGUUGAAAAAAAUACUUUAUUCGUUGCAAAUGUUGGUGAUUCUAGAGGUGUAAUGUGUGACAAGAAAGGGAAUGCUAUUCCUCUAUCAUUUGAUCACAAACCUCAACAAAUGCGAGAAAAAAAACGUAUUGCAGAUGCUGGUGGUUUCAUUUCGUUUAAUGGUGUUUGGCGAGUAGCUGGUGUUUUAGCAACUUCAAGAGCUUUAGGAGACUACCCUUUAAAAGAAAAUAAAUAUGUUAUAGCUGAUCCUGAUGUUUUGACUUUUGAUUUAGCAUAUCAUGAGCCCCAGUUUAUUAUAUUGGCAUCUGAUGGAUUAUGGGACACAUUUACUAAUGAAGAAGCAAUAGAGUGUAUCAAACAACAUAUUAAUGAUCCAUUUUAUGGAGCAAAGUAUUUAACACUACAAUCUUUUAAUAGAGGAUCUCUUGAUAAUAUUACUAUUUUAGUCAUUAAAUUUCCAUCAACUUGGAGCCAAGAUUCUCAAACUGGAAAUAAUGCAGGUAAUAAAUAACUUUGAGUGUAACUGUAAUGAGACUUAUUGAGUUUUUAAAGUUUUCAUUGAUUUUCCUAGAAAUGUAUACUAAAACUUGUUUGUUAACUAAUAUGGAUUUUUAAAUUAUUCUGUUACUCUAAACUAUUAAUAUUUUGUUGAUGUAAGUAAUUUAAAUUUUGUUAUGUUAAUUGUAUCAAAUAUUAGUUGUACAAUUAAGAAAUUAUAUGUUAUUAUUUUUUAGUUUA